UCAUUACGUAAUGUGCUUUCAUCAAACCUAAUUUAUUAAGUUCAACAUUGAUACAAUUUUCAUUACUAUAGAUGUGACUCCUCAACAAAAUUAAAAUUCAUCAAGUAUCAAAAUUUGCUGUAAAACAAACGAGUUAAUUUUUACUCUUGGCUCAAACAUUUUUUUAAAAAUGACCCAAUCAGUAUUUUUAUUCAAGUUUUACUUGAUUUAUUCGUAUUUUAAUUUCGUAUCAGUAGUCAGAUCAGAAGACGCUUUACUUUACAGUCUGAAACAUUGCACCAGGACACUCGAUAUAGAAGAAACACCUUGCUUGACCGCAUGCCCCGCCACCUACAAACGAGAAAGGAAAUUCAACGAUGAGGUCUCCAUCAGUGGCAAGAGUUUAUUUCUGAGAAACUUUUACCCAUCAGAUGAUGAAGGACCGUACGAAAUCAAAUUGGAUAUUUGUAAUACGUCCUUUGAACCUGUAACUGUUUAUGAUUCCAAACACGAUAAAUACCAGAUCGGUUAUGAGCUCUACUAUUGGCAUAAAGAGAAAGAGGAUAUGGAAAUACGCUCGAUUCACCAGAAUUACUACGAUCAAUACAGAGCGGUAAAUAUGACUCAGAAUAUCCGCGAUAAAGUGACUCAUUUUAUGAAACCACCAAAUGAUCUUUUUAUAAAAUACGUCGAUGGACCAAACACGAAAUUCAAUUUAGCCGAUGGAUCUCAAACUCUGGUUUUUCAUUGGAUACCGGUGUUCUCCGUUGAUUAUUCGAGGUACAAAAGACGAGUUCGGCUUACGUAUAAUGCCCAUUUAAACGAAGAAUUUCAGCCAGAUCUCAAUAGCACGAUACCGACAUGCGACGAUUUCAACUUAGAAGACGAAGAUAUGACGGAUCUUUUCUCCGAAGAAAAUCAAGAAAAAUGUUUGAAAGAUAUUGUGACAGAAACAUUUGAAGACAAGACUUCCUCCCAAAACAUGGCAUGCGGACAAUCGUACGGCUGUUUGGAGAAAUCACAGAUCAUCCCACUUUGGUAUUUUAGCUCACGAUCAACUCAGCUCGCCAGCUGCAAACUAAUGAAUAUCAUGCCAGUUUGGAAGACCAUUGCUGAGGGACAACUGAGAAAAGUUGACCAAUAUAUACUCGCAAUACUGAACACUUGGCGUGAAGAUUUAAAGAUCGACAAAGAUCACACAUUCGGUGAAAUAAUCUACGGCACAUGGAGUGCCCUAAAACUACCCACCAAAAACAACCCAUACAAGCCCCAAGAAAUGUACCUAUCAAACACAGAACGCAAUCAAGUCGUGACUAUCCCCAAAAUAAUAUACAGAAUUGUAUCUGUUUGGUGGCGCGGUGUUGCCAUCAUCAUCCAUAAUGAUCUCAGCCGUAUAGACGAUAAACAAAGAAUUUGUACAAAAGAAGAGUAUGUUAAAGGAUGGGAGAAUAUUACCAAUGAAGACUCGACAAUUGGACUAACUUAUACGUGUCCUUUGACUAAAGAAGUCGAUUAUAGGUUAGGAAUCAAUGCGUUUACAUCUCAUUUUGGUUUAGAAUUGCAUGGUUCACCAGAUCAAUCAAAAAUAUUACUCAAAGAUUACCGGAAAAUAAGUGCUAAAUAAGUAAGAAAAUUUUUAAAGAUGAAAUUAUAUACGUUU